AUGACUUCGGUAGAAGACACGAGUGCUAAGCCCUCGAGGCUCCCGCAUCAGACGGACGAGUAUCUUGCAGAAAACCUAGGCCCGGGGGUGGCCACUGUGUGUAUCGUCCUCACCUCCAUCAGCACCAUCUUUAUUCUGCUUCGGUUAUUCACCCGUGGAAAGAUCAUGGCCAAGUUGCAUGCGGAUGACUGGCUGGCUUCUCUCUCUGUGUUAUUCCAAUGGGCUUGCGUGGCGUUUGUCAUAUUGGCGAUCAGGGCAGGAAACGGGAGACACUUUGACACGCUGUCGAUAGACGAGAGGGAGGGUACAAUCUUCUGGACUGUCCUCGCUCUUCCAAUGGGUAUGCUUGCGUUCAGUAUUCCAAAGCUGGGCGUCGCAGCUCUUCUUACUCGGAUCAUGAACCCAACGAAGCAGCACAAGUUCGCCGUGUGGGGGUUGACUUCAUUCUGCGCGUUGACCGUCGUUGCUAGCAUAAUACUCAUCUUUGCCCAAUGUACGCCUAUGCGGGCGCUCUGGGACCUUUCGGUCGUGGACAAAAAGUGCAUCCCAGGUAGUGUGGUAGUGGACUUUCUGAUAUUUUCUGGAAGUGUGUCUGCGUUUACCGAUCUUUACUUGGCACUGUACCCAGCCACUGUACUCUUCAAACUGCAGAUGAACAUCCGAAAGAAGAUUGCCUUGAGCGUGGCUUUGGGGAUUGGAUCAGUGGCCACUGUUAUUGCAAUCAAGAAGUGCACACGACUGCCAGCUCUAGCUGAAAAGGAUUUCACCUAUAAAACGUCGGACUUGGUUCUUUGGGUCGUUGGAGAGGGAACAACCAUUAUUGUGGCCUCCUGCAUCCCGUUGCUCCAGCCUCUUGUCGAUCUCAUCUUUGGCCGCCGAGCUCUGAAUAGUUCGGAAAACAACGGGUACAGCCGAUUCCCCGUCAGCCGACUCGGCUGGAAGAAGAGAGACACGGAGCUCGGCCUGGGAACAGGCAAGCGAGGCGAACGUCACAAGGGAACAUCAGUCGACGACCUGGUAGAGGUCGGCUCGCAAGACACUAUCCUACGGACUCUAGACUAUGUCAAGUUAGCAGACCAUCACCACGACGGGAAGCCUGGCCAGGACAUGUCUCCCGCCAACCGCAUCCUACGAACCGAUGUUGUGACAAUAACAUAUGACAACAAGAGCGAGAAUGGUGAGGGAGAUGGGACAAUGGGUAUAAAAGACCCUGAAGCAAGUGGAAACGGCAACAGCUGGCCUAAGACAGAAGCUGUCGCAUUGUGA